AUGCCUAAGUUGGCAACUGAAGAUUGCGCUCGUUCCUUUUUUGAAGCCAAAUACUUUGCCGUCGUCGGCGCCAGUAACGACACCGCUAAAUUUGGCCACCAAGUAUUGCAUUGGUAUGUGCGACAUAGCUUCGCGGUGACUCCCAUCAACCCAACGAAGCGACGGAUUCUAGUUCCCUCACCAUCGUCUGCCCAUCAGAUGCAGGCUUUGGACACACUGGCUAACCUGUCCGCUAUACCAAACCCAGAGCAAACAUCUGUAAGUAUCGUAACUCCACCAAACGUGACACACAAAGUCUUGCAAGACGCAAGUCAUCUCGGCUUUCACGGGGUCUGGCUGCAGCCAGGUACUUACGACGAUGAAAUCAUAGAAUAUGCCCUCGAAAAUUUUGGAAUAGUAGUUGCUGGUGAUGGGGGUAUUCACGAUCAAGGUUGGUGCGUGCUUGUGGACGGGGAACAAUUUGUCUGA